UGAUGAUGAUGGAGAAGAUCCGCACCUGACUGUCGGAGGAGCGGAGGAGAAACUGUCCACCGCCGAACUGCUGCUGCUGCUGCUGUGGACACACACACACACACACACACACAGAGUCUGCUGCAGGUGCUGGUGUUUGCAGGUGAUGGGUACACUCCGGGAUCUCCAGUUUGCUCUGCAGCUGAAGAUCGAGGAGCUCCGUCAGAGGGACACACUGAUAGACGAGCUGGAGCUGGAGUUGGACGCCAAGGACGAACUCAUUCGCAGACUGCAGGACGAACUGGAUCGUUACAGAGCCACGGUGUCCCUCCCAGGACCGUCUGCCGUCUGUACAGCUCCAUGCGAGGACAGACAGAGAGCCAAGAGGAAAACAAUCAUUUCUGAGCCCUUCAGUCCAGACCCAGUGACUCUUGUCGUGCUUUCACAGAGAAGCUGUGACAAAACUCAGGCGUCUCAGAGGCUGAUUCAGGCUGCGCUUUUGAAAAACGACUUGUUGAAGAACCUUGGAGAAGGAGAAAUUGCUGCCAUUAUAACCUGCAUGUAUCCCACCACCAUCAAUCAAGGCUGCUUUGUCAUACAGGAGGGGACCAGCGGGGCCCAGGCGUAUGUUUUAGAAGAGGGGAGGCUGGAGGUGACAAAAGAUGAAGCGUGGCUGUUCACUGUUGAGCCGGGAGACAUGUUUGGAGAGCUGGCCCUCCUAUACAACUGCAACCACACCUCCUCUGUCUCAGCACAAGUGGACAGCAAGCUAUGGGUUAUCGAUUCCAAGAGCUACCACACCAUACUUAUGCAGAGUGGUCUCGAUAGCCUUUCUCAUUCAAUGGAGCUGCUCAGCAGCGUUCCCUUCCUCAAGUCAUUGCCAGAGGAUGUCAUCGUUAAAUUGUCUGAUCUCAUGGAGGAGAGACACUUCACUGAAGGAGACUACAUCAUCCGACAGGGGGCCACGGGAGACACUUUUUAUGUCAUCAGCAAAGGCCAGGUGAAAGUAACAGAGAAGAAGCCCGGGAAUGAGGAGCAGGUAGUUCUAUCCAAACUCUCAGAGGGAAACUGGUUUGGAGAAAAAGCUCUGGCCGGAGAGAACAUCUGGACUGUGAAUGUGGUAGCUGCUGGUCCUGUUACAUGCUUGGUAUUAGACAGACAGACCUUCAAAGACAUCAUUGACGGCUUGGUGUUUAAUUGCAGUCCUGAUGUGCAUCAAAGUCACGACUCCAAAGCAGAGUCAGAGCAGAAGGGCAGCGGCGUCCUCUUGUCUUCCACCUUAAGUGAUUUCCACAUCAUCUGUUCUCUGGCGGCAGCGGCAGAGUUCGGUCACGUAGACCUGGUAAAACUAAAGAGCGACGUCAAGGGGCUUUUUACCAUGAGGGUCCUUAAGAAGAAGCUGAUUAUCAACAGUGGUCAACGAGAGCACUUCCUGAGAGAGAGCAGAAUCCUAAUGGACGCUCACUGUCCUUUCAUAGUCAGGUUCCAUAAAACCUUUCGAGACUCUGAGUGCCUGUACAUUUUGACAGAGGCUUGUCUUGGUGGGGACUUGUGCCGUCUACUUAAAGACAAAGGAUUUUUGGACGAAUGCGGCACCAGAUUCUACACCGCGUGUGUCGUCGAAGCUUUGACCUUUCUCCACCGUCGAGGUGUCGUCUACAGAGACGUCAAGCCUCAAAACGUCGUCCUGGACGAGCACGGUUACGCCAAGCUGAGUGGCUCCAGGUGUGUAAAGAAGGUAGAGAUGGGUAAGAGAACCUGGACAUUCUGCGGCACACUGGGCUACAUGUCGCCUGAAAUCAUCCUCAACAGAGGCCACGGUGUCUCCACAGACAUGUGGUCACUGGGCGUGUUUGUGUUUGAACUGCUGAGCGGUGGGCUCCCGUUCAGCGGCUCGGACCCAAUGAAGAUUCUCACUGCGACCGUCGGUGGCAUCGAUCACAUCGACUUCCCAAAGACCAUCAGCAAAAACGCCUCCAGUCUCAUCAGGAAACUGUGCAGGAGCGCUCCCUCACAGAGACUGGGCGCUCGGAGAAACGGGGCCAAGGACAUUCAGAGGCACAAAUGGUUCGAAGGAUUCGACUGGGACGCACUGUGUGGACGAACACUGAACCCACCGCUCAUUCCCAAAAUGAAGCCGUCUUGGGACAGCAGUGUCUCGUGUGGAGAUUACACGGUGGAGUCGGUGGAGUCGUGCUCCAACUGGGAUGAGGAUUUCUGACACUGUGAGCUGUGAACUUCAUCACCUGCAGGUUCACUCGUCAUAAAAGAUUCUCUCUUCUCUGUCUCACUGACAACAAGGUGUCACUUAUAUUUUCAGACAGGAAACAAGCAACUACUGCCUUCUGUGUUCAGCUGAGAGAAAACUACCAGAACGUCAAGCAAUAUGACUUCACCAGUCACAUAGAAAAUGAUCACCUUAAUCCAUUAACCUAAAGUUCUAUUUCUCUUUCUUUGGCUGCUGUUUUGCCUCCGCCUUCCCCGCCAUCGCUCUGUGUCUCCACAGACACGAAAAAAACGCACUGCUCUACACAGACAAAGACCCACAGAGUUGUGUGGAGCUGACACUUAAUCAGUAUCAGUAUUAAUCAGCGAACUCCUUUAAAAAUGAUUUGAAUGUAACAGACGUUUGUUUGCGGUGAACAUUUACACACUGUAGCAUUAAUUUUGAAUUCAAAAACAAACAAACUGCUUUCUCAGCAGCUCACGCUCUUCAAUUAAACUCACUUCCUCUCUUUGGAUGUUUUAUGAUCAUAAACCUUCCAACAUCUGGUUGCAGCUGUUUCAUAUAACUGUGAUCUAUUUUCUUUCUUCUUUUUUUUUCCAUUUACAUUUUUUGGUUCUAAUGUCAUAUUUUACAGUCUGGUCAUACAAUUCUGCCAAAUUGUUGUCAUUAAUUAAUGUUCUUUCAAAAAAACUACAUUGUUUAAGAUACAUUUUGAAUUUCCCUUUUGUCUUCCCACUCAGUAUUACUGUAAAUGAGGGUCAAUGCUCCAUGAUAUCAAGAGUAUAAUAAAUACAUACAGGUCGUAUGAAUGUGCUGUUUGUUAGUGUAUAGGAGUUGAGUGAUGUUUUUGUAUAUGAGACUGUUAUGAUAUUGUAUUUGUACUCACUGUCGUCCAGACAUGUCGUUCUGUAUCAUUCAGUGAACUUUUAUAUUUAGGGAGAGGUUUUAAAUGAUAUCUCUGACUCUCCCUGCACUAUAUUUAUUUAUUGUUUUAAUCUUUCUAAUUUCUGUGUAUUUUAUUGUGCCAAAAUAAAUCGAAUCAAAAACUAAUGUCAUACUGUCAACAUCAA